AAAACAAAACAAAUUAAACCCAAUACUUGCUUCUUUUAUUUCUCUCUCUCUCUCUCAAAUCUGAUGAAUGCAACUCAAUCCCCUGCUGCCGCUGCCGCUGCAGAGUAUUUCAAGAUGACGCGGUGGGCAGACAGGAGAGUGAGUCCACCGCAACAGGCGGAGGAGGAUUUUGCGGCGGUGAUUCCGCCGGUCACGGUGGUGUUAGAAGGGAGAGCGAUCUGUCAACGGAUCAGCCUCCACAAACAUGGAAGCUACGAGAGCUUGGCGAAGGCUUUGAGACGGAUGUUCGUGGACGACGACGACAACGAUGGUGAAGACUCCGGGGAGCGGGGGCUGGACCUGACGAACGCGGUGCCGGGAUAUAUUGUUGCUUAUGAAGAUAUUGAAAAUGAUCUUCUUCUUGCUGGUGAUCUCAAUUGGAAUGAUUUUGUGCGAGUGGCGAAGAGAAUUCGAAUACUGCCAGUAAAGGCAAAUUCAAGGAGGGGAAGAGCAAAUUGAAUUAAUAUUAUGUGUUAAAUAUAUAUUUUAUGAGAGCCAUUUGUAUUAAUUAAUCUUAUCAUCAUUAUUAUGUUUUCUUUCAAAAUAAUAAAAAAAAUGAAAGAAAUAAUAAGAUUUUCCCUUUUGUUUAAUGUUAUUGAAUAUAAAUGCUUCUAUCUAUGUUCACUCAAAUCAAAAUAUUAAAUCCAAUUUCUAAACAUAA